AUGGAAGAAUUAGCGGGGAAGAAGAAUGGGAAUCAAGGUUUGGAGACGGGUUUAGCGGAUAGAUCCAUGUGGCUGAUGAAAUGCCCGUCGCUCGUCGCUUCUUCUCUCCAGUUUAUACCUUUCCCCGACGAUCAAUACCAUCCUCCUGUCGCGAGAGUCGUCCUCUCCAUCGAUCCUCGCGCUACCGAGGACGAAGAAACCAAAUUCGUAAUGGAAUUAGCUAGAGCUGAAUCUGGAAACAUUCCAAAACGUUACGCCUUGGAUAUGUCAACUGAUUUCAUCCCAAUGUCUGUUUUCUGUGAGUCUUCAGAAGGAAAAAUGUCAGUAGAAGGGAAGAUCAAAAACAAAUUUGACAUGAGGCCUCAUAACGAGAACAUCGAGAGCUAUGGGAAGCUCUGUCGUGAAAGGGCAAGCAAGUAUAUGUGCAAAAACAGACAGAUCCAGGUCAUUGAUAAUGCAAGUGGAAUGCAUAUGAGGCCAAUGCAGUUUAUCAUCCCACCCGCGAAUCCUGAUAAGAAGAAAGUGCCAAACAAGACAUCUGAAAUGAAGAGGACAAGAAGGGAUCGGAGAGAGAUGGAGGAGAUCAUGUUUAAUCUCUUUGAAAGACAGUCAAAUUGGACUCUGAGGCAGCUCAUACAGGAAACUGACCAACCAGAGCAAUUCUUGAAAGACUUGCUGAAAGAUCUAUGCAUGUACAACAAUAAAGGAAGCAACCAAGGAACUUAUGAGCUGAAGCCUGAGUACAAGAAAGCUCCACAGGAAUAG